GAUGCAGUAGAACCUGGUCCAACAUGUCCCGUUUGGAGCAGGUUAAGCAGAGUUUGGACUCAGCAGGACAGGCUCAUGUUCUGCGGUUCUGGUCGGAGCUGAGUGAGGAGCAGCAGGAGGGGUUCCUGCAGGACCUGGUUCUGUUGGACCUGCAGGCUCUGAAGGAGCACUGUGAGGCGGCCUGCCGGGCUGCGGCCGCCCCGAACUCCUGCACUCUGGACCCGGACAUGGAACCGGUUCCCCCCGAGAUCACCGGCAGCGCGAGGAGCGACCCGGAGGUCCUGACCCGGUGGGAAGACCAAGGAUUGUUGCAGAUUUCCAAGAACCGGGUCGCAGUUCUGCUCCUGGCUGGAGGUCAGGGGACCCGACUCGGAGUUCCGUAUCCGAAAGGGAUGUACGACGUUGGACUGCCGAGCCGAAAAACUUUAUAUCAGAUCCAAGCAGAGAGAAUUCACAAAGUCCAGGAGCUUGCAGACAGAAGACACAGCUCUAAAUGCACCAUCCCAUGGUACAUCAUGACCAGUGAGUUCACUCUGACUCCAACACAGACGUUCUUCAAAGAGAACAAUUUCUUCAACCUGGAACCAUCAGACAUCAUCAUGUUCGAGCAGAGGAUGAUCCCAACUGUGACCUUUGAUGGCAAAGUCAUCCUGGAGAGCAAAGGAAAGAUCGCCAUGGCUCCAGAUGGAAACGGUGGUCUUUACCAGGCGUUAGUGGAUCAUAAAGUUCUGGAGGAUAUGGAGCAGAGAGGAGUGGAGUAUGUGCACGUGUACUGUGUGGACAACAUCCUGGUGAAGAUGGCCGACCCCGUUUUCAUUGGGUUCUGUGUGAGCCGAGGGGCCGACUGUGGGGCCAAGGUGGUGGAAAAGGUCCAUCCUGCGGAGCCGGUGGGCGUGGUCUGCAGGGUCCGAGGCCUGCCCCAGGUGGUGGAGUACAGCGAGGUCCGACCCGAGACUGCCCAGCUCCGAGGUCCUGAAGGAGAACUGGUCUACAGAGCCGGAAACAUCUGCAACCACUUCUUCAGCCGAACCUUCCUGCAGGACGUGGCAGAGAAAUUUAAGGACGACUUGAAGCAACACGCUGCCUUGAAGAAAGUUCCAUACGUGGACUCGUGCGGAAAUCAGCUGAAACCAGCUGAACCAAACGGCAUCAAGAUGGAGAAGUUUGUUUUUGAUGUCUUUCCCUUCUCCAGGAACUUUGUUGUGUUCGAGGUCAUCAGGAAAGACGAGUUUUCUCCCUUGAAGAACGCAGACGGAGCAGCUUUGGACACUCCGACCACGGUCAGAACCUCUCUGAUGGAUCAGCACCGGCGCUGGGUUUGUGCUGCCGGAGCCUCACUGCUGGACGGAGACGGAAACGAGAUCGGAGCUCGAAUCAGCGAAUCAACAGAUCCUGUAAAAUGUGAGAUUUCUCCUCUGGUGUCGUACUUUGGAGAGGGCCUGGAGCUCCUGAAGGGGACAAAACUCCAAACUCCUUUGAUUCUGGAUGAAAAAACAACUAAAGUUCUUCUGGGUCAGAGAGGUUCUGGACAAAUCUGAACAGGAAGUGGAGACACAAGGACACACCUGGAG